CGUUCCGCGGCAAAAGGAUGUGUGAACAAGCAGCGCGCUACUGCAGGGACGGCGUCCAAAAACUGCUCAACAAAGAACAAGCCAAACUCCGGUCACAGGACAGCAAAGACCAGCCCAAACCCCUGGCUCAGGAUAGCGAGACAGCGACGGCUGCACAGUCCGGAAACAGCGGCGCUCAGCCCGGUGGAAUAGACGGGCUCGUCCGCUGGAUAGUCACCAAGAUGAGCGACAACAAAAGCAUCUCUACACGGGAAUAUGUGAAGGAGGAGGCGGCAGUGGCUCAGGAGCAGUUCUUCGCACCGGAGCCCCGAAAGGGCAUCUCUGUCAUUUUGGAUAUUUUCCGGAGAGCAGAUAAGGAUGAUGAUGGGAAACUCUCCCUUGAUGAGUUCCAGGCUUUCUUUUCUGACGGGACUCUGAAUGAAGAGGAGCUGGAAAAACUGUUUCACACCAUUGACUCUGAUAACACCAGUAAUGUUGACACCAAGGAACUAUGUGACUACUUUGCCAACCACAUGGGGGAAUAUGAAGGUGUGCUGGCCUCGCUGGAGACACUCAACCUGGCAAUUCUCAAAGCCAUGGACUUCACCAAGAAGGUGUAUGAACGCGGAACUAAUGUUGACCAAUUUGUGACCCGCUUCCUGUUGAAGGAAUCGGCCAAUCAAAUCCAGUCUCUACUGAACUCCGUAGAGAGUGCUGUGGAUGCCAUUGAUGAGCAACAUACUUCAGUGGGAUCAUACCCCAGUAAGAUCAGCCCACGUGUCCCAGAUAGGCGCUAUGAGGCACCAGUGCCAGAUUACCCUCCCAACAACAGAGUCAGUUCUAAGGAGACCAUGAGGAACAUCAACACAGGUGCAGGAGCUGUGGAGGUGAGAAAAGAAGGGCUUGAGGCGCAGAUCAACCGACUGGCUGAGCUGAUUGGACGUCUGGAGAAUAAGACAGUUGGGUUUGACCUACAUCAGCGACUAACAGACACUGAUGGCACAACUAGCGCAUCCCUGUACCUGGUCCGCCAGGAGAUGACUGUUUCCCAGAAGCAGCUCGGAGAUUUCUGCGAGGCCCUGAAACAAUACCUUAAGAAUGUGUCUGCCCAGAGAGACUGUUUCCAUGUGACUGCUGUGCGGCUGCCAGACGGUCUUUCUUUUGUGGUGUACGAGUUCUGGGACGGAGAGGAGGAGUGGAAGAGGCACCAUCAGACUGCAGCCUGCAAGGCCUUCCAGCAUGUGAAAGUGGAUACUUUGAGCCAGCCAGAGGCCGUGUCUGCUGUUGCUGUGCCUGCCGCUUGGUGCAGCCUGAACAGAGAAUGAGAAUCAAGCCAGUCUGCAGGUGGAACUGUCCCGCCUAAUGCCUGAAGACCUUCACCCCUCCUCUUCAACCACUUUCACUCUCUAUCCCUCUGUCACAACCCCUGCUAUCUUAACUCUCACCUCAACUCUCUGGGCUCUCCCCAUUCUGUCUCCCUCUUUUGUAAUUACUUGUUUACACAGUAUUAAUUUGAUAUUGAGCCAAAAGAACAGUGUGAGCUGCAGAGAAUGUCAGACAUAGAACCAGUUCCCACAUUUACAACACCACCACUGCAAUAUACAGUCAUUAAAGGGAUAGUUUACUUAAAUAAAAAAAACAAAUCCUGUCAUUUAAUCAACCUCAUGGUGUUCCAAACUCGUAAGACAUUCUUCAGUGAAAAACAAAAGGAGACAUUAGGCAAAAUAUAAGCCUCAGUGUCUACUGCAAGUAAAUGGUGACUGAGGCAUUCAGCCUAACAUCUCCUUUUGAGCUCCACGUAAGAAUAGCAAGGGGUUGAGUAAAUGAUAACAGAAUUUUCAUUUUUGGGGUGACUAUCCCUUUAUAACUCCCAAUUGUGAACAGGAACCUCACCCGCUUGAUGCAUUAUAUCCAACAUCAGGAAAAUUACAAAGCAUGUGCAUUUAAAAUAUCAACUUACAUAGACAGUCUCUACAAAGUAAAUGAUGCUGAUUAAUAUUUCAUCUGUUUGAUUUUAAACAAGCAUCCACUGCUUUGCAGACAGUUCCCUGACGGUACAACUUCUGAGAAGACAAAACUGUGCAGUGAAGUAUUUAUACAGCUGUCCAAGGAUAAAAGCAUUUCCGUAAAGACACUUUAUACAUGUUAUAGGCUGGUGUUAUAGGUACUUUCUGAACAUGUGUAGUGCACUGAGCCAUGUAGAGUGUUUGGUUUGGUAAUAUGUUUUGCUGAACAGCAUGGCAUAUUCUGCCAUUAAAUGGGCCUACAUUCACAACACAAACCAAAUAAAGAUCUGGUCCAAAAGCACAAUGUUCAUGGAGUAUUAUAGAGGAAAUGUUUAUGUAAAUGAAAUUUUGCCUAUAGAGUGUAGAGAACAUCUUGAGUAAUGAGCAUUAAGAGAACUGAAUUAUCUCAUUUUCAUCUACAGAUAUAUAAGAGUAUGGCUUUGACAGAUUGUAAUUCUUACCUAAUUUUAUUUCUCAUUAAAGAACAUUUGGCUCCAGAUAAUCUCAGGACAAGUAAAAUUAUCUUCUUUCUCAUAGAGGAUAUUUUGAUCAAAGUGGAUCAUACUUCAUACAGCUCACAUUUGUUGAUCAAUAAAUCUAAGGCUGUUGUAUUUGUGCAAAAAGACUGAAAUUUCUGGUUGGCUCAAUGUAGAUACAGUUCAAUACAAGGUGAAACAAAACACAGCCCAAACUGCAACAUUCCUUUCUGUUUGCUUUCCCACCAAUCCUGCCUUCUGUUUGGUUUGUUUAUUCCUCACAGUGAGUGCAUGUUACAAAUGAAUGUCCAGUAAAUUAUUUGCCGUAGAAUUUAGCUUUGCGAAUUUAAAUGGAUUUUGUGCAUUUCUUAUUUUCUUUUAUAUUAUUCCAGUAAUGGAACAUAAAGAACUGAAAUACAUACAGUAUAUAUGAGAUGAAUAAACGUUAAAAUAUGAGCAGUCACAUUUAAUGGAAUUGUUUGAUGAAAUACUACUUCUUAUACCCUUGUAUGUUUCCGUAAACUGGCUUUCUCUCUUAUAAGUGAGUGUAGAGAUUUAUUGCAGGGAUGCAAAGUAUUAUAUUAGUCUUAAAUUUGUUAAAAUUCUAGAUUAUGUAGAGUGCUGCUAUUCAA